GAAAAGAUAAAAUAAAAUAACAAGCAGCAUCAAACACCUUCACUAGACCAAAACCACAAAUGGAACAGUCACAAUGAAUCGCCACUAUCGGGGUAUGGGUGCUCUAACUUCAACGGCAUCGAACGAUCACCAUUUACAGCUUACAAGAAUAACAAUAGCAGCUCUCGAAACAAUAAGGCUCUACAAAUUGAACUAACCGAUUAAACAAACCACAUUAAACUUCACAACCAACUUACAUCCGGUCUGUCGCUGAACGAGCAUCGAAAUGGACAAUUAUGGUUUUAAAAAUAGUGAUACUACGCCACCUUCGACACCACCGGUACGACCACAAAGAAUAUUGCGGACAGUAAGUUGCAUCGAGAAUGGAUCCAUCAAAUUUCCUUGCUUGACUACCAGAUUUAAUGUAGCCUCCAUUAAGGAUACUAGUACAAAGGCUAUUGAUGCAGAAGCCGCCUUAGAAGAACCCGUCGUAGUUCAAAAUGGACUCUACAAUGAUGCGAAGAGCAAGUCAACAAUUUUAAAAAAUAUUAUAACUGGCACAACUGGUGGGAUUGGUCCUUGUGUAGCGGAUGAUCAAAACAAGUCUCCAACCAGUAAUGGAAGCUCUACCGUAACAAACUCCAGUACUAAAACAACCACACCACAUAGUGGAACAGGUCAGACUAAUGGACGUAAAUCGCACAUUGACAGUUACGAGUAUAUGGAGGUGGGACCGUCUCCGCCCGCCGAAGGGGCGCCCAAUCUGUACGAUAGCUACGAUGAAAGCUACUCCGAAUCUAGUGCCCAACUCUGCAAUGACAUCAUCCGCAUAUCGCUCACUGAGCAGAUGCGUCUGGCUGGAGGCAGGGUGUCACUACUUGAAAGCUUCGAAAACGAACCCAUACUUGAUAGUACGACCAUCGAACAGCUGCUGCGCACACCACCAUCGUCAGGGCCAGUAUCUGCAGCCUCAGCGAUUGGCUCUUCUAAUAGCAGCGUCAACGGAGCACAGCAGUUGGAGAAAAAUAUCUGCUUUCUGUGGGCGGCUUUUCUACGAAAGUUCCAUCUCCUCGAGCAAUGCGUUCAGCUCGGAGCAGACAUUAACUUCUGCGAUACCAACGGUUUGACAGCGCUGCAUCUCGCGUCAUUCAGUGGUUGCACUGAAUGCUGCGCGUUUCUGAUUCAUCAUGAGCUUGAUGUUAACAUGCAACCGAAAUGGUACACUCCGCUGCAUUGCGCCGCUUUCGGGAAUUCACUCGCUACCGCUGAGUUGCUAAUUAAAAACGGUGCUCGCAUUGACGUGCCAACCAAUAAGCAACAUUGCGAGGAAUCUCUCUUGCAUUGUGCUGUACGUUCAAAUGCGAUCGAGUGUCUUCGAUUCUUUAUCGCCCACGGUUCGAACGUAAACGCACUUGAGCGAAAUGGAACCAACCCAAUCCAUCUUGCCGCUGAUCUUGGUCACGCCCAGUGCCUUGCCGCACUUCUAGAAUGUCCAGAAGCCGAUCCCAAUGUGCGCAUACAACAGGGCGACAAGCAGAUGACCGCAUUGCAUCUUGCAGCGGACGAGGGUAACUUAGACUGUGUAACACAAUUGCUAGCUCGCGGGGCUGAUGUCCGUGCGCGAAAUCAUCGUGGCUUCACACCGCUGCAUCUGGCAGCCCGUAGUGGAAGUGCUGACUGUGUUGAGGCACUGUUAAAACUGGGUGGCUGUGAUCCGAACAUGGCUGAUUUCGAUCAAAGAACGCCACUGCACGCUGCGGUCAGUAAAUCCGAUACUGCGGUAGAGAUGAUCGAAACAUUAAUUGCAUGGGGAGCUAAUGUCAAUCAACGAGAUGUGUACGGAUUUACGGCACUGCAUCUGGCCGCAUUGGAUGCACUUGGCCCCUGUGUAGAAACGUUGCUCUAUCACGGAGCAGAUGUCACGAUGAAAUCACGCAAGGGAACCAGUGCUCUCAACAUAAUCAGUCGCAAAACUCCGGCAUCGCUCGGAGUCAUACAAUGCAAACUAGACGCGGCUAUCACGCUGACGCAUUCGCAAGAUUCGUCCAGCCGGGAGGUGGAAUUGGAACUCGACUUUCGUAGCAUUUUGCAACAUUGCCACCCCAGGGAAAUCAGUUACCUAAAUACGUUUGUCGACGAUGGACAAAAGGAGUUUCUUCAGCAUCCACUUUGCUCAGCCUUCCUGUACAUCAAAUGGAACAAAAUUCGCAAAUAUUAUAUUGCUCGAUUGCUGUUUUGCUUUACAUUUGUGCUGUUUCUAACAUUAUACGUGCUCACGGCACUAGCGCACAACUGCUAUAAUGGAAGCAAGGAUAUGAAAGAAACUAUCCAGGAGCAGGAGCUCUGUCAGAAGCAAUCUAUCUUUGGCGAUAUGUUGCGCAACAAUCCGUUCGUGAUUGAAAUGCAGUGGAUGGUUCUAGUGGCGAUUACAGCCAUUGAGAUAUGUCGCAAAAUCUAUGGCAUCACCGGAUAUACCUCACUCAAACACUAUGUCACACAGACAGAAAACGCAAUUGAAUGGUUCAUCAUACUGAGCGUAUUCGUUAUAUCAUACAUUUACACCAAGCGGACCUACACAUGGCAGAAUCACGUCGGCGCUUUCGCUGUACUUCUUGGAUGGACCAAUCUAAUGCUUAUGAUCGGACAGUUGCCCGUUUUCGGUGCCUAUGUCGCUAUGUACACCAAAGUACAGGUUGAAUUUGCCAAACUGUUCAUGGCCUAUUCGUGCAUGCUAAUAGGCUUCACGAUCAGUUUUUGUGUUAUCUUUCCAUCGUCCUCUUCGUUCGCAAAUCCAUUCAUGGGAUUUAUUACGGUGCUAGUAAUGAUGACGGGCGAACAGGAUCUUGAAUUGCUGAUCAAUGAUCCCGACGGCAAGGACCCACCCUUUCUGCUGGAGAUCAGCGCACAAAUUACCUUUGUAUUAUUUCUAUUGUUUGUUACAGUGAUUCUGAUGAACCUGCUCAUAGGUAUCGCUGUACAUGAUAUACAAGGAUUGAAGAAAACGGCCGGUCUAUCAAAACUAGUUCGUCAGACGAAACUAAUUUCCUAUAUCGAAUCAGCACUUUUUAACGGCUGGCUGCCUAAUUGGCUGCGUAAUUUACUCUACUACACAGCGCUUGUUUCACCACAAGCUUAUCGCGUGGUGCUGAGCGUCAAACCCCUUAAUCCCGGUGAAACAAGACUCCCAAGGGACAUUAUGAUGGCAGCGUACGAGGUGGCGAAGCAAAAAAAACACUACAGCAGAAAAAAUUUCACAACAGUGCGCCGUAAUUUAUCGUACGAGCCACCGAAAUCUUCGCCAGCAAUGAACGGUAUACGGCCUAAGUUGUACGAUCGAUGUGAUAGCGGCAUCACUGUCCCUGUCAACGGACGGGUUACCAACGGAGGAAUAGGACUAACCUCACCAAACAGUGAUCAUACUUCUAAGUUUGGAUAUGUCUAUGACACUCCAACACUGUACGGGUUAACCAAUAAGCUGGACGAACACAGCGACUACAUCGGUAACAUUUCAUCAGAGAUCGCAGAGUUGCGAUCAUCGGUAGAAGAAAAUCAGCAGAUGCUGCGCCAGCUGCUUCAAUUAUUAAACAAGAGUCCACAGCCCAGCAUUCCAUCGAACUAAUGAAUUCAUCUUGGACAAGAAUGUCAUCUUCACCCCGUCCAGUAGAAACUGCACCAUAAAUACAGUUCGUGGUG